AUGCUGUCCCUUAAAGGUCUCCUGAACCCAGCCCCUUCGGGGGAAAAUGCUUCCUCCUUCUCUCGACCAAGUCAUACGCCCGAGUUUCCACCAAUUCUAAACAACAGAGUGUCCUCGAAUCAGCCGCAAGGCCGCGUAGUGAUGCCUACUGAUAGAGCUGGAUUCAAGGACGCCAGCAACUUGGCCAAAUCCAAGUUGCGUGGCCAAGUCAGGUUUCCCCCUCAUGAGCACCUGGACGAGGUAGCUUUACAAGAGAUCCGCAGACAUCGGGUGACCCCCUUUGGAAACAUUCACGAAACAUGCCUUCAUAUUCCCUACAAUAGUGGCAAAAAGGACUUUUUCGAGAAAACAGGGCGCGAGAGUUUCGAGGUUUUCAAGUAUGAGUUUGUUUCUCUUGAUCACGGCACUGAAUACGCUGUCAUGUGGGACUAUAAUAUUGGGCUUGUUCGGAUGACCCCCUUUUUCAAAUGUCGAGGCUAUGGAAAGACGAUACCUGCAAAGAUGCUGGGCCUGAACCCAGGCCUAAAAGAAAUCACACACAGUAUUACUGGCGGUUCCAUAGCUGCUCAAGGCUAUUGGAUGCCGUACCGAUGUGCCAAAGCUAUCUGCGCAACAUUCUGCCAUCCUAUCGCGGGUGCUUUGAUUCCUAUCUUCGGUCCAGGAUUUCCAGCCAUGUGCAUACCUCCUGGUAUGCCUGAGUAUGGCCGAAUGGUGAUAAACCAACAAAUAAUCAUCGAUGCGACCCGCGAAGCCGACAUUUGGCGCAUGCAAAUGAGUGCAAUCCCGCCGAAAUUCCACAGUCCGACAAGCUUCCCCAGAGAUGAUCGAAAUCUUCAGCACAGCAUCUAUCCUCCAGAGGAACACCGGCACCGAUAUCGACCUCGUCUAGUUUGUGAUCCCGCGUGGGCGUUGGAAAGCGACAUCGACCGUCACUAUAUGUCGGCCCCCAACUCGGCCUCGAGUACUGGAUCAGGUCUUCCUGCAUACAUGGUCACGUCUCGGCCAGGUUCUAGCUGGACUCCUGCAAACCGACCCAGUCCAGAGCCAAACCCUUGGCUCAGUGCCAUACCUCGCAACCCACCUUUGCACCAUGAACCAACUCUUCCUCAUCCGGCAUGGGGGUCUAAGCGGCGCCUUGAGAACGAAGAAUGGAGAUACAACUAUAGAGGAAGUGCUAGUCCCAACAUGAGCACGAGCUCUGUCGCGAUGGCGGCGACUCCUGAAGCAAGUCCGAUGAGGCAAAGAGUAGUCCGAGGACCAACCAUCGGAGCCGAUCAGGCCCAGCAGAGCGCAGCUUUACUCCUAUUGAACCUCCGACAACAAGAACAGGAAGCUUCAGUCUCCACUGCGGUCACGUCGCCUCCCAAUAUCAAUAUGGGUAACUCCAUCGAAGAGCACCGCAGCAAGAGACAACGAGCAACUUCGCCUUGA